AUGAUCUGUGCUCAUCACAUUUUCCGGUGCUGCAAAUGGCUUGAGCGGGCGGGCGACCGCAUCACAGGCGCAGCAGGCCCAUAUUUUGUUGGACUUGCAAUAAUACUCCAGACAAUUGGAGCAGCCAGCUUUUUUACCGUGAUUCAACCUAGCCUUCCCCUUCCUUGGCUUACAACACCCCCUUGCGUACUCAUUGCACUCAACCUUUUCACGCACUACUACUAUGUAUGUACGGUACCACCUGGUUUCGUUCAAGAUGAGGUUUUGCAGCCUGGGAGCGGUCGGCUUUGGGCCUCACCCUCGCGACCUUUCCGACUGUCGAGCUCUGGAGUUCGGUGGUCCAACAGUGGUAUCACUCUAUUGAAGGCGAGCACCACUAGGUGUAGGAGGUGUGGAUUGAUGCGCCCAGAGAGGGCCCACCAUUGUCGGAUAUGUGGUCGGUGUGUGAUGAAAUAUGAUCAUCAUUGUCCUCUCCCUGCAGGGAUAAACCAAUGCGUUGGACUACACAAUGAGAGGCAUUUUGUCCUUUUUAUGGCCUACCUAGUAUUAUCCACCUUCUGCUUGAGUAUUCUUGGUUACUCUGUAGCGCUAGAGGCGAUCGGCCUCACCUUUAGUAAACACUGGCCGUAUAUGGUACCACAAUUAGCUUAUAUUCUCACAUAUAUGCUCUCUGUUGUUCUUUGCGUUGCAGUGUUUAUCAUGUUCUCCUGGCACCUGUGGGGUGUCUCUCGCGGAGAGACUACCGUCGAGGCACAAGAUCAUGAAGUCUACAAGCGCGUUGCAAAUGACAGAGGCGAUAAUUUUGUAAAUUCUUACGACCUUGGAAAGAGCACCAACCUGCGUCUUUUCUUCAACAUUGGUCCGGAUGGAUACCCGUGGUAUACCCUCAUUUUGCCCCUGCGGAUAAUGCCCUACACCGAUGGCCGAUCGUGGGCCCGACGUGAAGGAUUUCAGAGACACCAGGGCGUCCAAGAAGGAGAAGAAUUGACGGAUGACGACGACGACGACGAAUAA